CUCCUUCCCCACCCAACCCAACCCUCCCAAUCCCACACUCGCCGUCCCACCGAACCCUACUCACCAACAGACCCGCAGGAGAAGGGAAAAAAAAAAUAAUCCUCUCGAGGCGACUUCGCCGUCAUGGCGGGCGAUCCCCCGACGGCCGCGGAGAAGGAGACCCUGGUCUCAUCCUUCCUCGAGAUCGCCGCCGGCCAGACACCCGAGACUGCCACCCAGUUCCUACAGAUGACGAGCUGGCACCUGGAAGAGGCGCUGCAGCUGUUCUACAUCGACGGCGAGUCCGCCCUCGGCGCCGCGCAUCCAGCGGUCCCGCCGCCUGCGGCCGCGGCUGCGUCCGCGUCGGCGUUGGCGGCGGCGGCUGGGGUGGAAGAGGCGAUGAGGUUCGCUCCACCCCCGGCGGCUGCCCUGGGCGAUGCAAUGUCACAUGGAUUUGGGGUUGGGGAGGACGAUGACGUCCGCGCGCCUCUGCCUGUGAAGAGGGAGACUCUCUACGGCGAGGGCAUCGUGUCUGUCAUGCGACCUAAUGCAUCAGCUGCAUUUCGUAAUUUUGAACAAGAGGCAAGACAAUCUGCUGUCUGGGACUCUGACCAGAAUGCUACAUCUAGUUCUGGUGAUAAUCUUGCUUCUUUGUACCGUCCACCUUUUUCUUUGAUGUUCAAUGGACCCUUUGACAAGGCAAAGUUAGAGGCUUCUUCCCUGGACAAAUGGCUAUUAAUCAAUUUGCAGUCGACAGAGGAAUUUAGCUCUCACAUGCUUAAUCGAGACACCUGGGGAAAUGAAGCGGUGGCUCAGUUGAUUCGGUCAAAUUUUAUUUUCUGGCAGGUUUAUUAUGACACCAGUGAGGGGAGGAAGGUAUGCACCUACUACCAUUUGGUGUCCAUGCCUGCUAUUCUCCUAAUUGACCCCGUCACUGGGCAAAAAAUGCAUGCUUGGAAUGGAAUGGUUCACCCCGACCGUUUACUCGAGGAUUUACUACCUUACCUGGAUAAAGGUCCGAAGGAGCACCAUGCAGCUCAACCUCAGAAGCGCCCAAGGAAAGUUGAUCAGGAAGCUUCUACAGGCAAGCAAGGCAAAAUAGCUGUAGAGGAUGAAGAUGAAGAACUAGCACGGGCAGUAGCAGCUUCGCUAGAGGAGGGUAAAGAAAUCAUUGAAGCAUCAGACGCUAGUGAUGACAUGGCUGAAGCUGAACCUCAGGUGGACAAUGAGCCAAGCUUAAACAUCAAGCCUGAUUAUCCUCCUCUCCCUGAAGAACCUACAGGAAGCAGGGACCGUCUCUGCAGGGUUGCGAUUCGGCUACCGAACAAUCGGAGGAUCCAAAGAAACUUCCUUCACACAGAUCCUAUCAAGCUCUUGUGGUCAUUCUGCGCUCCUCAGGUUGAGGACGGUGAGAAGAGGGCGUUCCACUUCGUACAGGCCAUUCCUGGAGCAUCCCAGAAGCUGGAGUUCAGAAGCGACCAAACAUUCAAGGAAGCCGGGCUGGCCAACUCGAUGAUCAACCUCUUGUGGGACUGAGCCGCUCCCAUCUCGUUCGGGUCGUGUUUGGGGAUGGACUUGAAGAUGGCUUACUAGUUAUUAUCUUUCCUGGAGGAUCAACUCUUUUAUCUUUUUGCUCCACUUGAGCUUGAGCCGAGGACAAAAAUCUGCUGUGCCCUGGGCUGUGUGUGGAAAUGCUCCUUUUGCCGUUCGUUCUUGUGUCCAUAUACAUCCCCGUCCCUGGUAGGGCUUAGCUCUAUUUAAUGCACAUAUUUAUCACGGAUUCAAGUCUGGUGCAUUGCAUGCAUUGCCUGC